AAAGGGCAAGAAGUGGAGCCACUCAGGAAACGAGAGGCGCAGUGCGCUCAAUCGCUUUACGCCUUCUCUUUUUCCCUCGACUCUCUACAUAAUAAAAGCUCCGUUUGUCGUAUCGUCAGCCCAAUUCCCCGAGCCGUCGAGCAAAAAUGGCCCUCGUCGGCGUGCUUGCUCUUCAGGGAUCUUUCAACGAACACAUAGCAGCUCUGAGAAGGCUUGGGGUGAAGGGCGUAGAGAUAAGGAAGCCGGAGCAGCUUGAAUCUGUGGCCUCCCUUAUAAUCCCUGGAGGCGAGAGCACCACUAUGGCUAAGCUCGCUGAGUACCACAACCUGUUUCCUGCUUUGCGCGAGUUUGUUAAAAUGGGGAAGCCUGUUUGGGGGACCUGUGCAGGUCUUAUUUUCUUAGCAAACAAAGCUACAGGACAGAAAAUAGGAGGACAGGAACUUGUUGGCGGCCUAGAUUGCACUGUUCACAGAAACUUCUUUGGCAGUCAGAUUCAGAGCUUUGAGGCUGAACUAGCAGUACCAGAGCUUGCUUCUACGGAAGGUGGUCCUGAAGUAUUUCGUGGAGUUUUCAUCCGUGCUCCUGCUAUCCUUGAUGUAGGACCAGAAGUUGAAGUGCUGGCUGAUUAUCCUGUCCCGUCCAAUAAGGUGUUGGAUUCAAAUUCCACAGUUGAAGCUCAAGAGGAGAAUCCUGUGUCUGAGAAUAAAGUGAUUGUAGCAGUUCGACAAAAGAAUUUGCUGGCGACUGCCUUCCAUCCUGAAUUGACAGCAGACACUCGAUGGCAUAGUUACUUCUUGAAGAUGUCAACUGAAACCGGAGAAGGAGCCUCAAGUAGCAUCGUUGCUGUUGGAGCUGAUCUAAGUUUAGACCAACAAACAAAGAUUGACCUCCCUAUAUUUCAAUAGUGGCCCAGAUAGAGAAUUGUUAUGGUUUAUUCCCUGCAGUAUUUAGAUUCCUUACUUUAUAAUGUCUGUUAAGGGUCUUUGAUGGUGGAAAGUAUUCUUUCAGAUGAA